CCCUGCCCUCGCCGUUCAACUCGAUCACUCCACACCACACCCACCUAGCUCGCUUGGGUUUCGUCAGCUCAUAAACCAAACAGAGAGACCUCGUCGCCAGUGGCCACCAGCCCGGAGCAGAGAGAGCAGGGGCGAAUCAGGAGGGCACGAUGCUGCUGAACGCCAUCCGGGAGCACCUGCUGGAGGAGCCGUCGGAGGCGCUGGUGCUGGACACCAUCCGGCAGCACCUCCUGGAGGAGCCGGCGGAGGCGCGGCCCGCGUACCGGCGGAGCGAGAGCUUCGGGAGCCUCGUGGCGGACCAGUGGAGCGGCUCGCUGCCGUUCCGCACCGACGACGCCGACGACAUGGUCGUGUUCGGGGCGCUGCGGGACGCCUUCGCCUACGGCUGGCUCCCCGACGGCUCCUUCGCGCGGGUCAAGCCCGAGCCGCUCCCGUCCCCGGACUCCGACUCCUACUCCUACGACGGCCUCGGCCUCCCGUACCCGGACCCGGAGCCGAUGACGCCGAGCAGCGGCGCCGCGACGCCCAAGACGGAGGGGGCCGCGGCGGGCGUGGCGAGGGGCAAGCACUACCGGGGCGUGCGGCAGCGGCCGUGGGGCAAGUUCGCGGCGGAGAUCAGGGACCCGGCCAAGAACGGCGCGCGCGUGUGGCUCGGCACCUACGACACCGCCGAGGACGCCGCGCUCGCCUACGACCGCGCCGCCUACCGCAUGCGCGGCUCCCGCGCGCUCCUCAACUUCCCGCUCCGCAUCGGCUCGGAGAUCGCGGCCGCCACCGCCGCCGCGGCCGCCGCCGGCGGGGACAAGCGGCCGUCGCCCGAGCCCGCGACGUCCUCGGACUCUUCCUUCUCCACGUCCUCCUCGUCCUCUUGCUCGACGAGCGGCUCGACGAAGCGCCGGAAGCGAGGCGAGGCCGCGGCCGCGACGAUGGCCAUGGCUCUGGUGCCCCCGCCUUCCCAGCUCAACCGGCCGGCCCAGCCAUGGUUCCCCGCCGCGGCGGCCGAGCCGGCGGCCAUGGCGCCGCGCGUCGAGCAGCUGGUCGUCUAAGGCGCCGACCGGAUCUCUCAUGUCACGCCAUCCACCGGGCGCGCGGCGAAGGCAAUGAGGCGUACCACGACGAACUCGCCAGCAGAGGCGCGGCGCAGGAACAGCCAAGACCCCCGGCGUCGCACUUGCACGGUGCC